GGCGAGUUGCUUGUAAAUUCAUAUUCAUAUUCACACAAUAAUAUUUUUGAAUUUAUAUACGAUUACUUCAGUCUAUAAGUGCCAUUGUACGCCUUAACAUAUAUAAUGUUGUUUGAUUGGGCAGUAUCAAUGGCCACUAUAAACUUUAAUUUUCAUAUCUGAAAACGAUUUGGUAGACAGGUCGAUAAUGGCUGUCCGAGUGUUAGAAUCGAGCUUUUAUUCUCUAUCUGAGCAACAACUACUGAUAGGGUUUCCGUGAUUCGCUGCUGGGGAAUAUUGUAUGAACCGAUCGGGUUUAUCAUGGACUCUGAUCAAGAAUUCCCCCUGAUAUCUGCUAUAAGCAACGAGUUUUACUACGGAGGCAAAAUCAUACGACCAAUUGUUUUAUGCCCCAUUAGUAAAACACGAAAUUCCGAAAAUGACUUUUCAAAUUCCAAUAGCUUUCAACGCGGCUGCGCCAGAUGAAAGAUUAAUGGUAUGUUUCUCGCCCCAAAGUUCGAUUUAGUCCACCGCUCUGACCGACCUUGUCCACGUUGGGGGUCUUAUCGGGGGCGUGCUUGGCUGCCGAAUCAGGCAUAAAAGGUUCUUAACAGGAUGAUAAGGAUCGUGAUAAUUCAUGUGGCUUGUAUCACACGAUUACCUCUAUUCAGAGCGGCAAAUGUGGCUAUUAAGCCAAUGGAACACCUGUUCCUUCGUCAGUCUGCAUUUUACCAUCAAAGUAAUAACUAGCUCCGGGAGCAUUUGUCCAGUCCAGUCCAUUACAUAAUGGACAAUCCGAACAAAGAGUCCUGCUGCCAGUCCCUAAAGGAUGAGUUUCAGCGGUCAAAGUUCUCCCUAUACCAUGAAGAUCCUGGAGUCUUCUGUCGCUCGCAAUGGCAGAAAGGAGAGCGCAAUUUAAUCUGGGUUCUGUAUCGAUGGGUUCUGGCUGCUUUCUUUGCCGCUGGAGUCAUAGGCAGCAUGAUGCAGGAUUUCAAUGGCGGCCGAUGGUUUAUUUAUCUCACGGAUUGGGGAUUUACACUGUGUCUGUUUACCUGCACUUACGGUGCUGUAAUCGCUACUAUUUACUACUUUAAUCAAUCGUAUUUUGCUCCCGGACAUCGUGCUCUGAAAAUUUACUGGAUCUCCCACUACACCACAUCGGUACUAUCCAUGUUGAUAACCACCGUCUUCUGGGCAGCUCUUUCGUCAACCAUGCCCGAAGUGGCAGGUGAGCUUUACAACUUGUGGUGCCAUGCAUUCAACUCGAUUUGCAUGGUCUUCGACUGCUUUAUGGUGGCCUAUCCCAACCGUCUCAUGCACUUUGUGUAUCCCUUUUCCGUUGUGCUAAUAUUCUUGGUGCACUCCUUGAUUUACUAUUGGACCGGCGGGACUGACAUCGACGGAAAUCGCUUUAUCUACUUCGCCCUGGACUGGGCUCGACCUGGACUGGCGAUUGGAUUCGUUUGCGCGAGUUUGGCAUUGAUCUGUUGCUUUUCCCUCGUGGCCUUUGGAAUUUACAGGUUGCGAGUUUCAAUGUACAACUGUUGUGGCAAAAGGCAGGAGGAAGUACCGACCUUAAAAGCUACUCCCAAGGAAUCAUCACCUACUGUUUAAGAUAAAUUCUGGCAAAUUUAAUAAUUUUCAUCGUAUUGAAUAUAGCUGUGCUUAGGCCAUUUUCUGGA